UCGUGAAACGAAAUACACAGCCACUCCGUACCCCUCCCAAAACCAACACUAUUACUCUCUACACUCCACACUAUACACUGUAGAGAGAGAAGAAGAAAUCCAUUUAGAGAGGGAGAGUGAGAGCCAAUUGUCUCUAUCUUUGCUUGUAGACUCAAAACUGUGAGAGAAGCCAAACCCAUUCCCAUUCUCCUUCUCUCUCAAUCCUUCUCUGUUGUUCCAACCUCCUCAGUAUUUUUGUUUCAUAGCGAAAUGUGAAGGGAUCUUUUUGCUCAAUUAGGUACACCCUUCUCAUCUCCUCCAAACCAAGAAACCAAAAUUUUCCAUCUUGAAAGUUACAAGUUUUGUAUUAGUAGCCAAAAAAGGAAGACAAUUGGCGAAAGAAACAGGCUUUAAUUUCUGCUUUGUAGCUUGUUAUGCAAAUCUGAGUUUGGUUAGUUGUGCAAAUAUGAACGGGAAUGGACAAAUGGAGGUGCAUUACAUAGACACCGGCUUCCCUUACACGGCUACUGAAAGCUUUAUGGACUUCUUUGAAGGUCUUACUCAUGCCCCCGUGAACUAUGGUCACGCCAUGCCCGUGCAUGAUCAGGAAGCUGCAUACUGGUCAAUGAAUAUGCACUCCUACAAAUUUGGACUCUCUGGUCCGGGGAAUACGUCUUAUUACGGUCCUUAUGAGGUAAAUACUCAUUUUCCGAGAAUGGAUAUGAGCAGGACGGCUUGGGAAUAUCCUUUAAUGACGAAUUCAGAAGAGCCUCCUACCACUGCUUCGCAACCAGAAGAAACUGUAGUCGAGGAAGUUGAUGUCAUAACCGAAGAAUCCAUUCCAAAUGAGCAAAACACAAAUACUUCUCAGGUGGAAUGGGAAGAGAACAUCGAUCCUGAUAACAUGACGUAUGAGGAAUUACUCGAUUUGGGUGAGGCUGUUGGUACUCAAAGCCGAGGACUUUCCGACGAACUUAUUAGCUUGCUUCCCACAACCAAAUACAAGUGUGGAAGCUUUUUCUCAAGAAAGAAAUCUGGAGAGAGAUGUGUAAUUUGCCAGGCGAGGUACAAAAGAGGAGCUCGACAAAUGAAAUUGCCCUGCAAUCAUUUUUACCAUAGCGAAUGCAUCAGCAAAUGGCUCGGCAUCAACAAGAUAUGCCCAGUCUGCAACCUUGAGGUAUUCGCCGGGGAAUCAAGGCAUUAAAGCAUCAUUUGGCUAACUGUUUACAAAAUCGGUGUUUGUUUGAUCCUUCAAAUUUGUUCUCCUCCCCUUUCUUAUCUGUCUUUUUUUCCUAAUCUUUUCAUAUACAUAGACUAGUUCCCCCUCUUUCUUCCCAUUUACCUUUUAAUACGUUCUGCCGGAGUAAAAAGAAAGGAAACCAAACAUUUCAACCUCCUAAUAUGAAAUUCGAAUUCGGCAUUGAAACUUCCAACUGCUGAUUCUUCUUCUUCUUCUUCUUUUUGGAUACUUUUUAGUCAUUAACUCCUGAUUUAGCUUCUUGUAGUAUGAUUUAUGACAUACACAAUCAGUGGAACUAAAGCCAGGUCUGCUAGGGCAUGUACUUAUAGUGGUAGAGCGCUUACCCUGCACUCAAGGUCAGAGUACAAGUCUCCCCUUCCUUUUCACCUCUUUUCUAUGAAAAGAGAUGAGAACUUGUGUUUCUGAAAUAUGUAUCAAUUUGGAUGGAUGGUGCCAAGUAUUAUUAGUGAAGCUUAAUGCCUUUAGGCAAAGUGAUUUUGUUGACUUUCUAAUUUUGUGAAUGAUCGAAAACAUAUUUGUCUGGUA